AUGAAGUUUAUAAGUAGCGCGCACCACAGUAGUAGUAGUAAUAGUCGGAGUAGUAGUAGUAGUAGUAGUAGUAGUAGUAGUAGUAGUAGUAGUAGUAGUAGUAGUAGUAGUAGUAGUAGUAGUAGUAGUAGUAGUAGUAGUAGUAGUAGUAGUAGUAGUAGUAGUAGUAGUAGUAGUAGUAGUAGUAGUAGUAGUAGUAGUAGUAGUAGUAGUAGUAGUAGUAGUAAGAAUAGUAUUUUUUCGACAUCAUCUGAAUUAAUUUUUCUAAAUGAUUACAGUCCGUAA